AUCUGUCUGCAUGGAAUCAAAGAAGCUAGAGAUGGGCUCGAGAGAUUUAAUCAGCUGUCUCCCUCGAGAGGUUCUGGUAGAGAUCUUGUCCUUACUUCCAACCAAACUUGCUGCUUCAACCUCUCUUCUCUCGAAAAAGUGGAGGUAUCUGUUUGCACUGGUUCACAGUCUUGAUUUCGAUGAUACUGUCUUGCUGCAACCGCCGCCAGAAGAAGGGAGGGAAGAACUCAAGGAGAGCUUCAGAAACUUUGUGGACAGAAGACUCGCUUUGCAAUGCGGUUGUGGUUCUCGUAUCAAGAAAUUCUCUCUAACAUAUCUCGUUACCAACAACAGCGAUGUGGUUGAUGAGCGUCGCUGGAUAAGCAGUGUCGUUGAGCGUGGUGUUUUGGAAGUGGACGUUACUUUGAGGCCUCGUUGGCUAGGCCCUGUACAUACUGAUGAGGUUCACGGGAACUGCUUUCUUCCUUAUCACCUCUUCAGGAGCAAGACACUGGUUAAGCUGCGUCUGGGAACAGAUACUAAUGUUGGAAAGCUUCCUCCUGAUGUGUUUCUUCCAGCGCUUAAGAGUCUCUUCCUCGAUACCAUCAUGUUUGACGACCAAGAUCUCUCUGAUGUGCUUCUUCCUGGUUGCCCAAUGCUUGAGGAGUUAACUGUUGUUCACAAGACUGAUUUUUAUCCUAAUUACAGGAUAUCGAGUCAGACAAUCAAGAAGCUAACAGUUUUCUAUUGUUAUGAUUUUGGAAUUGAUGAUGGGUCUCGUAUAUCAUUUGACGCCCCAAGUGUUGUCUCUCUCAACUACACUGACUAUGCCUUGUAUGAGUAUCCACUUGUUAACUUGGGAUCCUUAGUCAAAGCUAAGCUGGACAUUUCUUAUUCUAAAACAAAUAUCAAGAGGCCGGAUUUAUCGGGUCUCCUUGUAGGGAUAAGCAACGUGGAGACUCUCCAUCUUUCUCCCGAUUCUACUGAUGUAAGUCUUCUUUGU